AGUUGAUGGCAGAGACUACUUACGACACAAACUUCCACUUGUCUGACGUCAGGGAAUCUUGAGGGCGUUAGGAAACGUCGUUAGGAAGUUCACAGUGAGCACCCGAGUUCCUCCUCUCUCCUAAACUCAGCAUAGGUACAGCUGUGGAAGUAUAGGCGCCUCGUUAGGGCCCGGUAGCCAUGGGCACUGGCCACGGGCCGUCAUGGUUCUCGCCCGACUUUCCAACCCUCGCCGCGAAACGAGACCCUUUUCCAGGUGUUGAGCACUGGCAGACGACGUAUGUCCGAUAUACGCUUUCGAAAACGGCGCAUGCAAAGGUCUGGGAUGCAGAGACAUGUCGGUGGAAUCUACAUAGCCAGGGGCUCAAUGAGCAUCCUUUACUUGGGCACGCCAACUUGCCCGAGAGCAUCAACAUGCGCAUCAUCGAAGCUCCUGCGGAGUUUGCGCUUCCGGUUAAGCAAGACAGGCGCCUACUUCCCUGCUUCAAGGUUCGGUUGGAGGUGAAGCACCGGGGAGCUGUCUCCCUGCCAGUCACCCUUCGGGCGCAUGUCAUGUCAGAGCAGGACAAGGAGCACAUUGCGUCCUGGACGCCCCUGGACGAUGCCUUGGGCGGGGACGAUAAGGGGCAGAAAGCUGUAACUGAGCUCAAGGGCACCUCCCUAAUCCGCUGCAAGUUUGAGGCUGGUGGCAGGAUGGCGCCCUCUGCUGGGGAGUUCCGGAAGGUCAACGGCAGCAGCAAGGAGGCUCUAGGUGCUGCUGCGGCCCCAGCCAGCGCCGGAAGCCUGUCGCCCUCUCUCUUGACCGUCAACUCCGCCGCGCGUGGUAACGACGGCAGCCUCAGCCUCGCAACAGCGUCGCGUGUCGGUGCCGGCGUAUCACCUUCCGCGCCCCAGCCCCAGCAGCCUCAGCAGAUGCUUGACCCAUAUCACACCGGUGCUGCCGCCGUAAGCUCCCCCAGCUUCCAGAGCGCUAACAACCUGGCACGGGAGAUGAGCAGCGGCGCACUGCGGGACACGGGCUCCAGCCAGGAGCCGCUUCCGUUCUCCAGCCUGUUCGCAGCCAACCGUUCCGAGCCGGUGGUGACGCUGGCAUCCAGUGGCCGCAUGAGCGGCACCGGCAACAACCUGGUUGGUUUGGGACCCGGCGGCAUGGCGGUGGGAGUUGAGGGGCUGGGAGGGCACAUGGGGGGUAACCAUGCUGGCGCGGGGAUGCGGCUUGGCGCGGAGGGGGCGCCACGGGAGGCGUUUGACGCCGCCGCGGCUGUGGAGAUGCUGAUGCAGUCCCAGGCGCAGCAGCAGCAGCAGAGCCGCAUGGGCGCUCCGGUGCCUGGUGCGCUGGAUGUUUCGAAUGGCAUGGGGGGCUCGGCGCUCAUGAACGACAUUCAGCGCCAGAUCCAGCAGCGGCAGCAGCUGCACCAACAGCAGCGGCAGCAGCAGCAGCAACAGCAGCAGCAGGGCCAGCAGGUAUGCAACAGCUCCGAUAUCAACGGAAGCGGCGAUUCGGGGAGGCUGUUCACGGCAACUCAGGAUUUCGAAUUCACCAACCUUGAGUUCCUGAAGCCCACUCGCAUGAACAAGGUCUUCAUGGCCUUCAGCGCUUCCAUCCUGGACACCGACCUGCUCUUCGUCGUCUUCAACGUGCCCACCAUCGGCAUCUGCCGAGCGGAACAGCGCGAGAAGGCGUGCAAGAAACUCAACAUUGACUACCGACUUCUUUCGCACUUUGACCAGGGGCCCGAGCGAGUUGCGGCAUUUGCAGUUGCCGAGGCCUUCACGCGCGGAGUGGCAGCAUCAGCACCAGCAGCAGCUGCAACCGCCUCGCCAUCGCUUGAUGUGAACAACGACGUGUCGGUUGCAGCUCAGGAAAGCAUGUCACGGCUGACCGGCAGCAAGCCAGCACCCGUGCAGCUAUCUCCUGUGAUUGGGCAGCAGACUGACCCACGGUUCAUGCAAGCGCCAAGCGCCAGUCCUUCUUCGCAGCUGCUUGGCGCAAAGUACGGACAGCUGCCGGACAUAAAGCCGCUGCACCUCCCAGACACGGGCUACCCACGCAUGCAAGCUACUGGUGCAGCAGCUGCUGCUUCCAUGAACGUUCAGCAAUGCAUGCUUCCCGCGGGCAUGCAUGGUAGCGGGAUGCCUGCUGGCGGGAUGACUAUGAACGGGGGCAUGCACAUGGGCGGGAUGUCUCUUGGCGGCAUGCCCGGAGGAGGGAUGGUUGCUGCAGGCGGCAUGGCCAACGUGGCGAUGCAGCAAAACGGCAUGAUCACCAGCAACGGAAUGGUGGGCGGCUUGGUGGGGAACGGCAUGGGCACCAUGACCAGUCCUGCGCUGGGCAUGAUGCCUCAUCAUGGCGGCGGAAUGACCGCUGGCGGUAUGAUGCAUGGCGGCAUGGCGACCAACGCUGGCAUGGCGACGAACGCCGGCAGAGGUCUGGCGUGCGCGCCCGGCAACACCAUGCCGUCUCAUCAGCUGGGCGGACACAGCAUGGACUUUUACUUCAACGCUGCCGGCAUGCAAAAUGGCGGGAUGCAGGCAUCAAACAUGCAGGCGGGAGGCAUGCAAAACGGCGGGAUGCAACAUGGCGGCAUGGGCGGCGGGUUGACUGGCAUGUCCAGCGGUGGCAGCGGUGUUUUGGGCGGUCACACUGGCUUGGAGCUGAGCCUGGCGGGCAUGGGCGGCGGCAACAGCCGCAAGCGCGACCAAGGGCCGAAGGAGGACGACAACUACCGCUACCAGCCCGUGCAGCCCGCCCCCGAGAUCCCGCCCUACCAAGGCUUCAUUGGCCUCACCUCGAGCGAGGUCGACAUGCUGCUGCCAGCGCCGCACUCGCGCAUGGCCAUGCGGGACUUCAUUGGCGAGGUGUAUGACAGCACAGGGCUGCACCGCAAGCUGACCCAGAUGGAUAUCCAGGCGCUGCUGUCCCAGGCGGGUUUCCCCAUGGACUCCACUCGCGAGCACGACACCAUCUCCCAGCAGCAGUGGGACGAGUUCUGCGGCCAGUUCCGCAGCAUCGUGGCCACCCUGCAGCAGGUUGCCAGCGUGUGGAACUUGGAGGAUCCGGUGGUGAUCAGCGGCUUCGACAUGGACCGCGCCUGCACCGUCAUGGCCCUGGCACACGAGCCCAUCGGCACCUUCAUCUGCCGCUUCAGCCUGUCGCAGCCGGGCUGCCUGGUGCUCACGUGUGUGGUGGGCACCAGCCACCCGCGAGCGGACCCCAUGGGGCUGGUCCAUGCCAUUAUUAAGAUUGAUGACCUGCACGAGCGCCGUGUGGACACCUGGAUCCGAGAUUACACGGGUGCUACCCACCUGCUAGACGUCUACCGUUGCAAGCGCGUAGACAAACGCAAGGUGUUCGCCACAAACUACACACGGCUGCGUGGAUUGGAAGUCGAGGAGGCGCCGCAGUACAACAUCGUGUGAGGUAUUCUGCCGUGAUACCGUACAUUUCAGUACGGUUUCGUUCCGGGAGCUGUUGAGUUGGGCUGGGUUGCAUUGUUGGAUGGCACUGGUGUUGGGCAAGUGCAUGUCCUUCUACGUUGAUUUUGAUCUACGGGUGGUGGGGGAGAGGUGGGGAUAUUAAUGUCCACAGCGCAAUGCAGCGCUAUGACGUGAGAUUUGCGAUGUGGGUCCGGUGGGGGCUAUUGCUAUUCUUCUGCCACGAUUCCCGGUACCCAUGACGUCGUUUGAUCCCCUCGCAACGACUGCCUAUUGAGAAUCCUUAGAUGUUCGUUGUUGUAUGGCGCCGCGGCCGUAUUGCCGUACAUGCUAAUAUAGUGAUCCUUUGUUCCAAAUGUCUGUACGGUUUCAGCCACAUUAAUUAUAUGCGGUGGUCGUACCAGCAUAACAAAGCUUGGAAUCUACUGUAGAAUGGCUUAUGCAGGCAUUGCCUAACUGUGAUCCUUGCUUGGCGCUCCGUGACAUGCAGAAACAUUUGGGCUUCGGGUCAUCCUGUAGAUUGUUGACGCCGACGUGGCCCGUCGCAAGUAUCAGUUGUGGAUGAUUGGUGAUGGUUAUGAAAGUAGUGAGUUUUUUGGCACCUGGAAGUGCACAAGGACGCGCUUAAUUGGAACAAAAUCUUUUCAAUCAGGUUUGACAGAGCGUUUUGGGCCUGUUUACUGUUGCGUGCUGCGGUAUCGUGUAGCCUCAUCAUAAAAUGGGAAGGCCACUAUCUUGUGAGCUUCUGAACUUAAUCAUCUGAGGCGUUGGUUACCCUUGAUGCAUACGUAUAUCCCGGGGGGCUGCCUUCCCAGCUACACUACAAAGGGAUCAAAAUCUUAUGAUCUGCAUGUGAGAGGCUUUGCGCAGGACGAUGUACCUGAGACGUAUGGGUGUUGGGGGUUGGGAUGUUGUUCAUGUCGUGCUGUCUUGCAACAGACCGUAGUUUUUACGACCAUUAUAUUGCUGCUUAUUAGACGGGGUUUGCUAGGUACCUUCUUUAGUGUGCCUAAGGUGGCCUCGGUAGGGUUUGUGUUUGCAACCCCGAACUGAUCUGUAAACAGCGUCAACA